AUGGAUAUCCCCUUCACUUUAUGGUUACAGGUGGAAGAGAUAGAAUGUGAUGAUAAUAGUCGGAUAUUCUCUGGUGCAUCAUAUGCUAUCAAUGCGACAUUAUCGCAUCGUAUUGAUUCCUUAAUUUAUCUGGUGUGCUGGCGACAACAAAAGGUGUCGCCGCUUCCCCCGUUACUGGUAUCCAUGUAUUACCAAGGUCGUCGAUUAAGUGAUAAUGAGACCAUUGGCCAAGUUCUCGAGGUAACAGUACCUUCUAGAGCAACAAACACAGGUGAUUUGAUUAUCAUGAGGAUAGAGCAUGACCUCAUAGGAUUUGCUCCUAGCCAUCCACUUUUGCUCAGUUCGUUUGAAGUAACUUUACAUUGGGUUGACAGUAGUGCCAACGCGAGAUCAUAUACAACUACUGCGAACCUCGCAACGACUUCAGGCCAACUAAAGCAUUCAGUGCGAGAUUCAGGCGUUGUAGAGCGAGGUAGUGAAUUUGGUUUCUUAGUUGAAGGUUCAGACAGACCAACCUGGGACAAUACUUUAAUCUUGUCUGAAAUUAUCGAGUUGGACGUUACACCAUUAAAACCUGUCCAUUUGACUUUAAUAUCGAACACGCAUCUAGAAAUCUCCAAAGGUAAUUUUGAAUUAAAAUUUGUAUCAGAAGAAGUAUUGCACCCAAUUUAUAUCGAGUGUACCUUAAAUCGACCCUUGGAGGUAAUUUACAACGAUUUGUUCGCACAAUUACGGUUCCUCCACAUAAUUGCUGAUUCUGCGGUUCUCAAACUUUACUACGACAAUACCAAAAUUGACGUUACAGAGGGAAACCUAGCCACUUUAGGACUCACUGAAGAAACCUUAAGAGUUUUAAACAACGUGGUAAUAAUGAGCUACAGUAUUCGAGAACAAUGGGAAAAAAGUAAUCAUCAUGACCGUCAACAUCAUAAUCAUACGGGUACCAUAGCCGACGACAACAGUUCCAUAACGUCACAUCAGGGGAAUCAAAUGGACGACGAAACCUCCCAUCCAAUGGAAUCAACUACUAGAGAAAGGGAUACAACUCUGUCACCUAUAGCGCUAGAUCAAUCCGGCUUUACUCCCAUGAAGGUGCCUUCGCCCAUUGAUACAGUGGAUAUACCAGAGGAAGAGGAGGAGGAAAUGGAUUUGGUGGCAAAACACCCGUUACCUUCGAUUGCACAUUCAGCUCAAUUGCCUGAUGAUUUCACUACGAAUAACAGUCUGACGUACAGUUUAACGAGCCAUGACAACGAGGGAAGAAUAAUAUCCAUGUAUUGUCAGCCGAGUUCAGUCGACUUGAGCCAAACGGAUGACAACAAUGCCAGUAAUCAUUCUUCGCCCGCUCCACCGCCUUCACAACCACAGUCAAAUUUACUAGAUUACUACGACGAUGGACGAACUUUGGAAAGGACGGUUUCACUUUCUUCACUUGAGAGGAAUCCGUCAGAUUAUUUCGUACCCGUUGUGCCGCCCUUCAAGCUUACAUACAAGGAUGAAACACUUUUGUUGGAUAUUUCAGAUGUCAUUGUUGUUCCUGGCACUGAGCCUUAUGCUCUUAUUAGUCCUAGGAGUAUUCAUAAAGUCAAGGGGUUUUUGGAUCUUAAUAGUUGUCCAAGAAUCGAAGUGAUUCCCGAUUCCUUAAAGAGCAACGAUGAGCUUCAACGGACAAAUGGCUCUACGACGAGUAGUUUCGUACGAAUGUCCUCUCAUAGUCCAUCUCUUGCACAAGAGGAGCAUGAAUCACGUACCGACAUUCCCACUCCGACCACUGUUGAGGAAAUAGUCAAUGAUAACCCACCUCCGCCAGAAGUGGCUGAACUCGAUCCUCCGGUUGUACCACCCGUGAACUAUUUUGCUAUUGUUAUUAACGAUAUACGAAACAUCAGUGCGGGAAUUAUAGGAUCAGCCAUAAUUUGGUAUUUUAUUGGUGUUAAUCUUAAUGUAGACGUGUGGCAGUUGGUUCUCGUCUACUUGAUAUUUCUGGUUAUGCAUGUCUCCGUGUAUUUUACAAAAUACAUCGACACUCUUGCUGCUAAUGAUAACUUGUCAACUAUGCAAAAGGCAUUGCUCGCAUAUCUUCGGUUGAUCCACACCAUAGUUAGUAUACCUUCUAGUAUGGCCACUCCACUUAUUAAUUUUGCAUGUUAUGAGAGGUUGGAUUAUCAACGAGUUAUUGACCAGAUCGAAGGGAAUCUGGUAAUUUUGUUCAAGCAUAGACUUAGAGAAAUGGCAGGUAAUUUUGUAUUAUUUGUGUUGGUUAUGUUCACAUCGCUUCAGGAACGUAUUACACGGGAAUUUGUCUCACGACAAAUUUUGGAAGCCGGAUACGUCAAGUAUGAAAUCAGAAAGUUGAAGGCCAGUCCUAAAUGGGAACUGGCAAUAGAGGAGAAGGAUAUUUACAGAAAAUUAAUAGAUGUAUGUGAGGUUGGAUCAAAUGUCACUGCUGAACGUCAAAAGGAGUACCAGUAUCUAAUAGGCUAUUUAAUCUUGUGUCACGGAAUAUUGAAUCCAUCCGGGAAAGCCAUAGAGGAAUGGAUCCGUUUGGUCGGGCUCGCCGAUGCUAAGUUGGGCGAGGAAUUGAGGAAUGUUCACAAUAAUCCAGAUGGGUACGAAAAGGUUAACAAUGUUAUCGAAGAGAGUGAAUUGAUUUCUAGGGGAGAAACUCACUCCACGGGUACAGAGGCAAGAGUAGAGAUUGAGGCUGUGACAGACGAAAAUCUUUAA